AUGUCUCAUCUCCAAUACUACGCAUACAAAGGCACCGGCGAACGAAACCUCAAGAACAUUGGCUACAAUCAGGCAGUCCGAGUUGGCGACCUCAUUGAAUGCUCUGGUCAAGGCGGCUGGGACACAGAGACUGGCGAGAUCCACAAAGGGCUCAAAGAGAUCAACGCUCAGAUCGACCAAGCCUUCCAAAACGUGGACAUCUGCCUCAAGGAUGCUGGUGGCAAGGGCUGGUCACAAGUCUUUAGAGUCAACUCAUACCACGUGCCGCUCAACGACGAGGCGAUAGAGGCGUUCACGAGGAACUUUGAGACGUGGAUGCCAGAUCACUCACCUCUCUGGACUUGUCUCGGCGUGACAAGGCUUGGGCUUGAUGAUACGAGAGUGGAGAUUGAAGUCGUUGCGCAUGAUUCGGACGGUGCGAAGACUGCUUAG